ACCGAAAAUCCCCAAUCAGAACACCCACACAAAAGAAGUGUAUUCCCCUCCCCUAUCACCGAGUCCGCUCCAAUGCCGUUGCUGCCUCGCUCCAAUUCCUCAUAAAUUUCCCGACCCUUCCCGGAAAACCCAACCCUAGCGCGGUCCUCAAUCGCACCCCCGCGCCGCGCCCCGGAAAUCCGCCCCGGCUCUUGCCAGAUUCGGGCCGUGUGUGCGGACCAGUUCGCGGCCGCCAAUAAAUCCGGGGGUGUGUUCCUUGGGUUAUGGUGGCUUGAUCGCGUCCGGGCCGAUGGGGAUGUCGGGGGCCGCCAGUGGCGGAGGAGCCGGGGGUGGUGGGCGCGGUGAGUACAUGAGGAUCCCGGAGGAUGUGGACGCGAUCAAGGAGGCGGCCAAGGAGGAAGGGGACUGCCCGAGGCUGCUCCGGUGCCGCGCGAUCCGCUGGUGGGCCAAGGUCGCCGUGCUCGCGAUCUUCCUCGCCGGCGGCGCCGCCGCUGCCGUCGUGUUCCUGGGGCCCCUCGUCAUCAAGAAGGUGGUUGUGCCAUUAAUUGAUUGGCAAUCAACAACUUUCAGCCGACCAGUUAUUGCUCUAAUAUGCUUUGGUGCAAUCGCUUUAUUCCCAAGUGUUUUGCUACCUUCUUCUCCCUUCAUGUGGAUUGCGGGGAUGACCUUUGGAUAUGGUUAUGGCUUUUUGAUAAUCACAACAGCGAUGAGCAUAGGCAUGUCAUUGCCAUUUUUUAUAGGAUCUGCAUUUCAUUCGAGAAUACACAGAUGGUUGGAGAAGUGGCCGAAGAAAGCAGCCUUUGUUAGGCUUGCUGGUGAAGGAGAUUGGUUCCAUCAAUUUAGGGCAGUUGCUUUACUUAGGAUUUCUCCGUUUCCAUAUCUAGUUUUUAACUAUGCUUCCGUGGCUACAAAUGUCAAGUAUUGUCCAUAUAUAGCUGGCUCAAUGGCAGGAACCAUUCAUGAAACCUUCCUUGCAAUAUACAGUGGGAAGCUUGUUCAAAGCUUGGCUGCGGCAACUAGCCAAGGGUCUUUUUUGUCAGUGGAUCAGAUCAUCUACAAUGGGAUCGGCUUUUCAGUUGCUGCUGUUUCCACUGCUGCAAUAACUAUUUAUGCAAAGAAGGCGCUUCAAAAACUGCAAGCUGAGGAUGAGCUGGUUUAAGUGCAGAAGAUCGAUGCUCCUGAUGAAACCUUGAAUCUAGGUUCUCUCCAGGUGUACUACAUACAGGUGCUGCUAAUCUCAUUUCAAGCGCCGACCACCUGACUACAUUCAUCGGAGAGGGAUACUGCAUCAAUUGUAAAGAAAAUAGAGAACCAGAAACAGUUACCCUUUCUUUCUUCUUAUUUUGACUUUGUUUCUGUAGAGAGAGAACUGCCAAAACUACGAGUACAAACUUCUAUCAAUGUGAACAAGGGUCUGCGGGGUCCAAUGUAUAUUCUUUUUUUUAACAGUAGUGCAAUGUAUAUUCUUAAGCUGCUGCUUUCUCAAGUCUAUUUGUUUUGUUUAUUGAAGAACAAAACGUGUCUGGAACGAUGAUUUUGAGUUGGAUGUU